AGCUUGACUGAAGGGUUUCUCUGCCUGGUGUGGCAUUUACAUCCUCACGCUCAUGUGGUAACAUCCAGCAUCGCUUGGCUUCCCCUGAUCACUGGCCUGACUCCAGGAACUUCAGACAGAACAGACAGACAGACAGCUAAGAAAGACAGGCUGUAUGUAUGCAUGCUGGCGAGAGAUAAGAGAGUUUAUAAAUAGGAAGGAAAAAGAACAGAGGUCUGCAGAACAAAGUGAAGGAAGACGCAGGUGAGAAGGCAAGCAGUGAGAAACGAAUCUUGAAGAAACUGGUGAGAAUAGUUUUAUCAGCUGAUUAUACGUUAUAAAAUCCACUGACAUGGCAGCCAUGGAAGCACUGGAAUCCUCAAGUGCUCAUCUGGAGCCUCAUACCCUCACUGAGAUCUCUGAUGAUGAGAUUAACCUCCCACCUUCAGAUGAUGAAGACAACGCCCUUGCAGCAGCCAAGAAAGAGCUGUCCACCAUGGGCACAGAGGGGGAUGCCACUGAGGUCAAGGAUGAUGCUGCUAAAGCUGACCCACAGGUUAACGGAGUCAUGGUGCUUUCAUUGCUUGACAAAAUCAUUGGGGCGGUGGACCAGAUCCAGCAGACCCAGAGUGGGCUGGAGGCCAGACAGCAGGAGAUGGAACGUACAGUGACCAACAUCCAAGGCGAGCUCACAAAACUGACCAAGAGCCAUAGCACCACAUCCAACAGCGUCAACAAGAUGAUGGAGAAGGUGCGCAAGGUGAGCGUCAAUGUCAAGACAGUGCGAGCCACACUGGAGAAGCAAGGAGGCCAGAUCAAGAAGCUGGAGAGCAACGAGGCAGAGCUGCUCAAGAGGCGCAACUUUAAAGUUAUGAUUUACCAGGAUGAAGUGAAAGUUCCCUCAAAACUCAGCAUCUCUAAAUCCAUGAAAGUCUCUGAGGCUUUGUCAGGAAGCCGAGGAGGCAGUCAGCUUGAGCUUAAAGAAGCUGCAGAGGAGCCUGGAGAGGAGGGAGGAGAAGGAGAAAAAGCAGACAAACCUCACGUGGACCUCUCAUCAGAUGAGGAGGGUUUGGAGAUUGAGGAGACCAUUGAGGAGUCUCGUGCUGAACGCAUCAAGCGCAGCAGCCUGCAGCGUGUACAAAAUCUGAAGACUGUUUUCUCAAAGGAGAAGAUGGAUAAGACCAGAGCAAAGACCAAAGAGAACCUGGAGAAGACCAGACAAAGAACCAAGGAGAACCUUGAGAAGACAAAGCAGAAGACAAAGGAGAACCUGGAAAAGACAAGGCAAAAAACCAAGGAGAAUUUAGAAAAAACCAAGCAGAAGACCAGGGAAAACCUGGAGAAGACCCGUCACAACAUUGAAAAGAAGAUGGGAAAGCUUGGAACACGCAUGAGCGUCAACCCUGAGCGCAAACAGAAGCUUAAGACAUCCAGUGACAAGAUGAAGAAAGCCUUCACACCAGACCAUGUCGUUUACGCCCGGUCCAAAACCGCUGUAUACAAGGUGCCCCCCUUCACCUUCCAUGUCAAAAAAAUUCGUGAGGGUGCUGUUGAGGUGGUCCAGGGCACUGAGAUGGUUGAGGUGUCACAAGAUCCUGAGCCUUUUAGCGAAGUGGAUGGAGAAGCUGAGGAAGGGGCAGUGGAGGUUGAGAUGGAGAUGAUGAAUGGAGGCGAGGAUGAGGAACAGCCUGAUGAGGAUGAAGAGGAGGACAGCCACGAUGCUUUGCAGGAGGAUGAUGAGAGAGACAGAGACAGCGACUAAAUAUCUAACACAAGAUUUGUCAAGAGCCUAACAAAAUCAUCAACCCCAAUGAUCUUAAGUAAAAACUAAAAAAAAAAAACAAAAAAAAAACAUCAUUAUUGAGAUUCUAAAGAAUAUUAUGAGGAUAAAUCCAACCCGGGUAUUAUUUUUUAAAAUUUUGACCAUUAUUCCUACCAGUUAAGAUAAGUUUCUGCUCACAAAAGUACUUUCUGAGAACAUAGAACUACUGUCAGACAGGUGGUGACCAAGCCAAGAGUUCAGCCAAAAGAAAGUGAACAUUCAAACAGUUUGCAAUGAUUCUUUAUUGCAAAACAACUGUGUGCAUAAGCACAACUAUACCAAUAAUUGUGGGUCAGAGAGCUACACCAGGAGGCUGCGUCUGUUUUUGUACAUUCUUUAAGUGACCUUUGGGCUUUGUUUCCAUCUUACCUGUACAUCAGACUGCUUCAGAACUUCGGUGGCCCUUUUUGUUCAGAGAAAAAUCACACGUUACAUUCUUUACAGCUCCACUUACAUACUGUGUGAAUUCUAACUACCUACUAAGCAGUAAAGAACAGACAUAAGAUCAUGAAGCAUGCUAACACAUUUGGCACAAGAGCUUUAUAAGCUGAUAAUAACUUAGUUAUUUUGUGUGUACAACUUCUUGUACUGCAGUUCAGUGCCCCCCCCCCCCCCCAAAAUGCCCAGUGACUUUGAUCCUUGAUCAAGGUGGCACAGAGAGAGGACAGAAACAGAACUCCUUUUUUUUUCUGGCCAUGAGUUGCAUGUUAUUAAUUAAGAGUAUGAAUGAUGGUUAAAACUACAAAAAUAAGACUCAAGUUGAAAAAACAUUUUUUUUAAUAGAUUUUUCUUUAUUCGAUUAUAAAUUAUAGCAAAAGAAUCACAAUUCAAAGAAAUACAUGAAAUUCUUCCUAGAUUUGCAAAGGAAUUUCAGGAGUUAUUUUAGAGUCGUUUAUGGUGUAAAUGAUCGUGAAAUGAGCAAAGAUGAGGAUAAAGAGAGGAGGAAAAAGAUAAAAUGUUUGUUGUGAGCAGGGCUGGGGUAGAUAAGAAGACAUGAUUCAGGAGUUCAUUAAAGAGGACACAGUCAUUGCCUCUGAAAUAAGUGUUAUUUCAACACUUUCCUUUUAAUUUUUUUUUUACUUUUUUUUUUUUUUCAAUAUGAAAACAUAAAGCAUUCACAACUAGAGGGAUGGGAAGUUAUAAUGAUCCUGCAGUUUCCCAACUGUAAAAUGAUCCAUAAACUCAUGGAGUACAUACUCAUGCUUAUCCAGAAAUUAUGUUUGCUUCAGAAAUGUCAAAUAUUCCACAUGCAAUGCUAUUCCUUCCACCUCCUCUACUUAAUAAUGUUAUUAUUAUUCUGCUUAAUUUGCUCUUUAUUUAGAAGCACAGUGACAUCUGUUAUCAAGUUUUUGAUGAGUGCAAGUAUUUGUGUAUGAUUUUGUAUGUGAAUCCAUUUCACAGACUGUAGUUGAAUCGCUGUUUUUCCAGCACUGUGUCUCUUUGUUUCAUGUUGUUUUUAUAUCAUAUUUUACUGCCAUUUUUCCCAAAGAAAAACUGUUAUGAAAAUGAAGGUCUGCAAAAUAGGUCAUUACAUUUCCCUUACUGAUAUUUUCUUGUGUCAGUUUUUUGUUUUUGUUUUUUUCUUCUUAAAAACCUGCUAUGAUUUGCAUAAAUAAACUACAACAAGGACUAAUGCUUUCUGCACGUCUACAGUCGGUGUGUUACAGCUGCAGUGUGACACUGACACCUAGUGUCCAGUCAUUUCACUAUAUUUUUCUCCGCUCCACAUUAAAGUUGCAUUUACCAGUAAAUCCAGCAGUUCUUUUUAAAAUAACCAUUUCAUUCAAAUAUUUCCUCUGUGGUUCACAUUUGUAAGAAGAUGUAAAAAUGUGUUUUAAAUAUUCACCACUACUGGUGGUGUUUUAGGAAAAGAAAGAACUCCGGGUUUCCUGUUUUUUUUUGCUUUUGAAUGUUCCGCUCUGACUGCAUUUUUUGUAGCUCAUCAAGAUAUAUUUCUAUGCAGGUUCUGUGGUAAGGGGAGAGGGCGUGGCCAGAAGCCAAAGGGCUACAAACAGAUGAUAAAUGUGUGAUUCCAAGUAAGAGGACAACAAGAGCCUCACACAUGUCUUUCCAAAGGUUACUGCAUUAUUUUUACUGUCAAAGUGUAGUUUCCUGCUCAGCCAUCACCAUUUCUGUGUUAAUUUUUCUAUAUAAUGUGAAUCACUGCCAGUGCAGGCCAUAAAGCGUAAGCAUCUUGCCAUCUGUUCUGCACUUCCUAUGCAUUUAUAUUUCAUGCCAAACUAUUAUGAUGUUUGCACAGUGUAACAAAUGGCAUUUGUAUGUAAGGAAGGAUGAAAUACUUCAGCACUGUCAACGUACAGUUGUGGUCAAGACCUUUGGUGAUUUGAUGCUCAAACGGUCAAACUGGAGAAAGAAUGCCCUAUCUGUGAGCGCAGUACCAGCAUGCAGCUGUACUGAAGCCUGUGCCAAUGGAACACAAAAUGUAGUUCACACUUAACUGUUUCCUUGCUUUGUUUUGUUAGUAAUUGAUUCCUUUAUAAAGUUGCAUUGCUUAACCACUAAUGAUUUAAUUAAAAACGCUAUCUGGUUCACA